UUCUACCAACAAAAAUUACAUUCACACCAUCCCCACGUGCCAGAACUGCACCGGAUGCUUCUCCAUCUCUACCAUUCCGGAGGCUCCGCUCGUGGCGGCUCCACCGUCGGAAAUCGUCGGAGACUUCGAUUAUUCUCCUUCUCCAACUUUCAUCUCCCUUCUCGCCCUCUCCGAUUCAGACGCUCCUGUAAAUCGCUUUCUGUUUAUAGCAAAAUCAUAAGAUUUCGCCCGUUCUUCUGUGCAUUUACUGAGAAAUUGUUGGAAAUAAAUGUUUUAUUGACUUCAUUGCCAAUGCCCGUCCACUGUUAUUAUCUAGGUACACGAAGCAGAAUAUCAACUAUUAUGCAGCAUUUACUUCUUAUUGUCUGAUUUUUGGCAAUUUAUCGUUCGAUGGCUUGUAUUGUUUGUGCAUUCAUAAUUAUUUUUUGAAGAUUGGGUAGGAUCCUUGGUUAUGCCACGGCUACUGCUGACAUUAUAGUAACCGAUGCCUCAGUUGGUUGAAAAUAUGACUAGUCAAACCAAUUUCAGCAGUGAUCGCCUGAGGACAAAUUGGACACCAGCAAUGGAGCAAUAUUUUAUCGAUCUUAUGUUAGAUCAAGUGCAUAAAGGCAACAGGAUGGGUCAUACAUUCAACAAACAAGCUUGGAAUGACAUGCUGAUGAUGUUCAAUGCUAAAUUUGGGUCUCUAUAUGACAUUAAUAUCUUGAAAAGUCGUUACACUAAUUUGUGGAAGCAAUUCAAUGACAUAAGGAAUCUCCUUGAGCAUGAAGGAUUUUCUUGGGAUAAUGCUAGACAAAUGGUCAUCGCAGAGAAUAAUAUUUGGGACAGCUUUAUCAGGGCCCAUCCAGAUGUUCAGUCAUACAGGAACAGGUCUCUGAUAAAUUUCAAUGAUUUGUGUUUGAUAUAUGCACAUACUACUGCUGAUGGGAGGUAUAGUAUUUCGAGCAAUGACUUGGAUUUUGAUGACGACAUGAUGGGAUUAUGUAUAGGUGUUGGCAUGAAUGACCUUGCCCCUGUGAAUAAAGAGAGUUCAAGAACAGACUGGACUCUUGCUAUGGAUCAGUACUUUGUGAAACUUAUGACGGAUCAAGUGAGAAAAGGCAGCAGGAUAAAUGGUACUUUCAAGAAGCAAGGAUGGAGAGAUAUGAUCAUUCUCUUUAAUGCUGAAUUCGGCUAUCAACAUAGGAAAAGUUUCUUAAAACAUCGUCAUGGGAAAUUGAAAACAUACUAUACUGAUUUAAGGAUUCUACUUGAGACCAGAGGCUUUUCAUGGGAUGAGAAACAACAAAUGGUGGUAGCCGAUGAUGGUGUUUGGGAUGAUUAUAUCAAGGCAAAUCCAGAUGCCUAUGCAUACAGGAAAAGGACCCUGCUAAAUUUUCUAGAUUUGUGUUUGAUCUAUGAUGAUACAAUGAGCAAUGGGCAUUGUAAUCAUAUGCAGCAAUUGGAUGAUUUUGAAUGUGGCAUCUUACCUCAAGAUACUGAGGGAGAAGACAUCCAAUGCCAUGCUGACAGUGAUUCUUCAAGCAUGCACUGGUCUCUUGAAAUGGAUGGUUAUUUUAUUGAUCUUAUGCUAGACGUUGUGCGUAAAGUGAAGAAUAUUGAUUACAGUGAUGAUCUAGUGUGGACCAACAUGAUUGCCUCGUUCAAAGAAAAAUUUGGACUGCUAUUUAACCAAGAUUCUUUUAGGAGGCAUUCCAAAAGUUUGGAGAAGAAAUACUAUGAUUUGAAAAAUAUUCUCAAGCAGAGAGGAUUUUGGUGGGAUGAAAGACGACAUUCAGUAUUUGCAUACAAUGACACUUGGGCUGCAUAUAUUAAGGAACACCCACAUGCAAAAUCAUACAGAACUGGUCCAAUACCUAGCUAUAAUGAUCUGUGCUUGAUUUAUGGAAAUUCAGUUCCUGAUGGAGGGCAGUGGCCAAACCAAUUAGAUCAGGAAAUCGCUGGUGAUGGCAAGGGUUCCAGAACUAGUAAUAGCUAUCACUGGAAAUCUGAUUGGACACCACAAAUGGACAGGUGCUUUAUUGAUCUAAUGUUAUAUCAAGUUCGCACUGGAAAUAUGGUUGAUCAAAAUUUUUCCAAACUAGCUUGGAAUAAUAUGGUUUCCAAGUUCAGUGCAGAGUUUGGGCCUCAGCAUGAUGUAGAUGUCUUAAAAAGUCGGUUUUUUAAUCUUAGGAAAAGAUUCCAUGAUAUGAAAUUCCUACUUAAUCAGAAUGGCUUUGUCUGGGAUGAAUUAUUACAGAUGAUAAUUGCUGAAGAUGACCUCUGGGACGCAUACAUUGAGGAAUAUCCAGAUGCAAGAUCAUACAAGAAUAGGGCUCUUCCAAAUUUCAAUGAUCUCUUCUUGGUAUUUGGAAACGACAACACUACAAAUCAUCAACAUUAUUUAUUUGACGCUGUGGAUGCCGAUGACAGUUACCCGGAAGUAAAUAUUGAUGAAGCGGAGGAGCAAUUCUUUUCUGAUAGUUAUCAGGGAAUAAUUGACUGGACGAACCAGAUGGACAAUUAUUAUGUUGACCUAAUGCUAGAGCAAGUUUGUAGCGGGAACAAGACAGGUUCUACGUUCACAGAUCAUGCUUGGGCUUCGAUGGUUGCAUCAUUCAACAAGACAUUUGGACUCGCCUGUGACAAAGAUCUCCUCGAAAGUCGCUACUUAAGCUUGAUGAACGAAUAUAACGAUGUCCGACACAUGGUUGAUCAUAAAAAUGUGACCAGAGGUGGAAUUCACCAAUCAAUGGCAACCGAUGGCGAAGUCUGCGAAACGCGUAUUAAGGAGCUUGCAGGUGAUAACGUGUGCAGAGACAGGAUCUUUGAUAGGUACGAAGAUUUGUGCUUGAUAUAUGAUGACGAGUUUCAAGAUGAAAGAUUAGGUAGUUUUGGUGUAAAAGUAAAGGUUGAAGACGGUACUCGGAAAAUUUGUAGAAGUGAUUCAUUUACAGAAUAUAAACCCCAUGAAAGGGAAUGUGAAAUAUCUUACCAGAGAAAGAGGCUAGAAUCUGCCACCCCAUCAACUUCUGGUAGCAACAAAAAGAUUAGGAUAAUCAAGGAAGAAAUACAGGAAGUAGGCAGUAAUAAGGCAAGUUUGGUGAAAAAUGUGGUCAAUAGAGCAGAUUACUCAAUAGAAAAUCUUGUUUCUGCACUCCAAAGUGUUCCAUACAUGGAUGAUGAGUUAUUUCUGGAAGCUUGUAAACUUUUAGAAGAUGAGAGGAAGGCCAAGAUGUUCGUCACCAUGGAUGUUGCGACACGAAACAAGUGGUUAUCAAAAAAGCUUUGCGGAUAGCGUCCUCCCAUGGCCAUGGCUUUCUGGUAAUCUCUCAAAUCAAAAUUUGUAAACUUUUAGAAGAUGAGAGGAAGGCCAAGAUGUUCGUUGCCAUGGAUGUCGCGACACGAAACAAGUGGUUAUCAAAAAAGCUUUGCGGAUAGCGUCCUCCCAUGGCUUUCUGGUAAGCUCUCAAAUCAAAAUUUUAUACUUGAAACUAUAUUGAAAUGUAGAUUCAACUCUCUGUGAUUCAAGGUUUUACACUAUUUGCUAUAGAAAUCUUGCCCAUGAAGGCAAGAACGGUAGAAUUUAUUGUCCUUGA